GAAAAACACGACGGCAUAAUUCGCAGCAGUUGAGCUGUUUCCAGCGAAGUAGAAACUCCUCUGACUCCGCCUCUAUACAAGGACCACUCUCACCUCCGUCUCUCACUCGCCCCUCCAUUUCCUUCUCUCACUUAUCCCCGCCCCAUUCAUUCUCUUCUUCGGCAGCAACUACAAUGGCACAACCAGCUGUAAUUGCGCCGCCGUUGAAAGAUGAGCUUGAUAUCGUCAUCCCGACGAUUCGGAACCUGGAUUUCUUGGAGAUGUGGAGGCCUUUCUUCCAGCACUACCACUUAAUUAUCGUUCAGGAUGGCGAUCCAUCCAAGACUAUCAAGGUCCCUGAAGGAUUCGAUUACGAGCUUUACAACCGCAACGACAUCAACAUGAUAUUGGGUCCUAAGGCCUCUUGCAUCUCAUUCAAGGAUUCUGCAUGCAGGUGCUUCGGCUACAUGGUGUCAAAGAAGAAGUAUAUCUACACCAUUGAUGAUGAUUGUUUUGUUGCUAAGGAUCCAACUGGCAAAGACAUUAAUGCUUUGGAGCAGCACAUUAGGAACCUUCUCACCCCUUCAACUCCAUUCUUCUUCAACACCCUGUAUGAUCCAUACAGAGAGGGUGCGGACUUUGUCCGUGGAUACCCAUUCAGUCUCCGUGAGGGUGUUCCCACUGCUGUGUCUCAUGGUCUCUGGCUCAACAUUCCAGAUUAUGAUGCUCCCACCCAGCUUGUCAAGCCCCUUGAGAGGAAUACUAGGUACGUUGAUGCUGUCAUGACAGUGCCAAAGGGAACUCUCUUUCCCAUGUGUGGUAUGAACUUGGGAUUCAACCGUGAAUUGAUUGGCCCUGCUAUGUACUUUGGACUCAUGGGUGAUGGUCAGCCAAUUGGACGCUAUGAUGAUAUGUGGGCUGGUUGGUGCAUGAAGGUUAUAGCUGACCACCUAGGAUUGGGAGUGAAGUCUGGACUGCCUUACAUCUGGCACAGCAAAGCAAGCAACCCCUUUGUUAAUCUUAAGAAGGAAUACAAAGGAAUUUACUGGCAAGAAGAGCUGAUCCCAUUCUUCCAAUCUGUCUCCCUUCCAAAGGACUGUACCACCGUCCAGAAAUGCUACUUGGAACUCUCCAAGCUAGUUAAGGCAAAACUCGGCAAGGUUGAUGACUACUUUCUCAAGCUAGCAGAUGCCAUGGUGACAUGGAUUGAGGCAUGGGACGAGUUGAACCCAUUAGAAGCAAAACCUGCUGAGUUAUCCAACGGUGCAUCCAAGUAGACUUAUCCAUAUAGAAUAGUCAUCUAUGGUACCUACAGGCUUAUACCUCCGGCAUUCGUCUAUUUUGCCCAAGCAAAGCUUCAAAGCUUGGAUUUAUUUAUUUAUCUUACAGUAUUUAUUUGCCAUAGUUUAUGAGUCUAGAACAAUAAGAUGGUAUCGGCUUCUGUGUGCUCUAUGAGAGGUGAGUUAGCUGGUAUUUAAUUUAUUAAAACAAUGAUUGGAAUUAUCACAUUAAAGUAAGUUAAUUACAAAGGGGGGUUUUUUUUUUUUAAUUG